UUCAAAAACUUUUUUACCCAUUCUGAUUUACCAGAACCAGUACUUCCUGACACAAUCAUCGUGAAGGGGUGCUUAAACAGUGUGUGAAUAAAAUCAACGUGUUCAAAUCCGUUCAUUUUAAAAGGUACAAUUCAAUCAUUUUACCGGUAUAUAUAGAUCAAAAAAAAUUUAAUUUCUAUUCAGAACUAUGGAAUUUCUCACGCUUAUGAUUUGGGGUGUGGAAGAUGGGGUGCCAUUUAUUCCUGAGCCUGCGCAACCUGAGCCUGAAUUAGUUAUUGCUGACGAAGAAACGGAGCCACCUACAUUAGCAGCUAUGGAAGAAAACGUUACGGAAGCAAAGGAGGAGCAAAAGGUACUAUUUUUAUUUAAAAAACACAAUUAAUUUUAAUUUCAGACCCCUACACCAGCAUUUGGUGUUCCUGUUGAUGAAAAGGUUAAAGAAGAAACGGAGGAGGAAGAUAUUGACGAGGCUAUGCUCG